AGAGCAGCGCUGGUUAACGGCUGUGCUGUGCGGGUCACUAGCCUCCCUCUCUCUAAGCUCGCGGGUGCCCUGGCGCCCCUGAGCUGCAAGAGGCAGCGCGCAGGCACUGGCUGAGCGAUGCGCCCGGGCCGCGCGGAUCAGAGCCCUUCUCCCUGCAGCCCCUCCGCUCUACUCCCAAGUGCCAGGUGGUUGUGAGCUACAGGAGAAGGGCUGGGUGCCCAGGGAGGGUGCAGGUGGCGGGGUCGCAAAGACAGCGCCCCUGCCCGGCAGUCCCACGGGCCUUCACUCAGCUGGGAUGUUCCCCAAUGGCACCGCCUCCUCUCCUUCCUCCUCUCCUAGCCCCAGCACGGGCAGCUGCGGCGAAGGCGGCUGCAGCAGGGGCCCCGGGGCCUGCGGUGCAGACGGCAUGGAGGAGCCGGGGCGAAACGCGUCCCAGAACGGGACCUUGAGUGAGGGCCAAGGCAGUGCCAUCCUCAUCUCUUUCAUCUAUUCCGUGGUGUGCCUGGUGGGGCUGUGUGGGAACUCCAUGGUCAUCUACGUGAUCCUGCGCUACGCCAAGAUGAAGACGGCCACCAACAUCUACAUACUAAACCUGGCCAUUGCGGACGAACUUCUCAUGCUGAGCGUGCCCUUCCUGGUCACCUCCACGUUGUUGCGCCACUGGCCUUUCGGCGCGCUGCUCUGCCGCCUCGUGCUCAGCGUGGACGCCGUCAACAUGUUCACCAGCAUCUACUGUCUCACCGUCCUCAGCGUGGACCGCUACGUGGCCGUGGUGCACCCCAUCAAGGCAGCCCGCUACCGCCGGCCCACUGUGGCCAAGGUGGUGAACCUGGGCGUGUGGGUGCUCUCCCUACUCGUCAUCCUGCCCAUAGUGGUCUUCUCGCGCACGGCAGCCAACAGCGACGGCACGGUGGCUUGCAACAUGCUCAUGCCUGAGCCCGCCCAGCGCUGGCUGGUGGGCUUCGUGUUGUAUACCUUUCUGAUGGGUUUCCUGCUCCCCGUCGGGGCCAUCUGCCUCUGCUACGUGCUCAUCAUUGCCAAGAUGCGCAUGGUAGCCCUCAAGGCCGGCUGGCAGCAGCGCAAGCGCUCGGAGCGCAAGAUCACCCUCAUGGUGAUGAUGGUGGUGAUGGUGUUCGUCAUCUGCUGGAUGCCCUUCUACGUGGUGCAGUUGGUCAACGUGUUCGCGGAGCAGGAUGAUGCCACAGUGAGCCAGCUGUCGGUCAUCCUCGGCUACGCCAACAGUUGCGCCAAUCCCAUUCUCUAUGGCUUCCUCUCGGACAACUUCAAGCGCUCUUUUCAGCGCAUCCUGUGCCUCAGCUGGAUGGACAACGCGGCGGAGGAGCCUGUGGACUACUACGCCACAGCCCUCAAAAGCCGCGCCUACAGCGUAGAGGACUUUCAGCCCGAGAAUCUAGAGUCCGGAGGGGUCUUUCGUAAUGGCACCUGCACCUCCCGGAUCACCACGCUCUGAGCUCGCGCUGCGCCUUGGCCCUGCACCCCGGGAGGGGAGAAGAAGCAGCAGAAGAGUCCUGGUACCAGAGGGGACCUUAUCCCGGGGAUCCAGAGCGCAGCCAGGUGGACCUGAGGCUGGGACACCGGCGCGCCUCGCGUGGAGGAACCUGGGGAAGGGGACCAAAAUAGAAUCUGGAGUUUCGCUUAUGGAUUGGGGCGAUUUCAAGCCGCCCUCUCCGCCUCCACUGCACUCUGCUCUCCCCAUCCCGUAAACUCCCAUAAACUCCGUCCUGAACUCGUUAAGGGUGCCGCCUCGGUGUGAGGUCUGGUCCUGCAGCCGAGAUUUUUGUUCAAGCUGAGCCACGGAUAAGGGCCCCGGGGUUCCCUGGCGUGAGUCCCCAGGUAGCCCUCAGCCCCGCCACCGCGUCGCAGCUGGCCGGUUCCGCCUGGUGCCCCGGC